GUAAGUUCUAGGGUUUAAUGGAGAGCGUCUGCGAUGACGGCGAGGAGCGCUUGCGGGAUCUUUGCGGGCCUGACUAUGAGCCCCUUCAGCGGCAAGGCUAUUCGGCCUCCAGGUUGUGGACGGCCGAUGUAGAUGAGGUUUUGCCCUUGUUUCCAGGAAAUCCUCAUCUCGCAUGCCGGAUAUAUAAGCUGUUCAACUUAACGGCUCGCGCCAGCACGAUAAGCCACCUAGUGGCAAAGAAAGAAACACGAGACCCCAAGCUGCUACAGUGGAUAAAGGAGAGGUUGGAGUAUGUUUCGUACGAGUGGCUGAGUCAAUGUGAAAGGCUCCUCAUGGAGAAGCCGAUAGAGAACACUGGGCCUGAUCGUGAUCGUUUGUGGCACGAGAGUAAUAUGGAAGUGGCGAUGAAAUCGUUACGGAGGGAUUACAUUGGGGGGGCUCAUAAGAUAUUGUACAAGGAGCUGUGUAAGUUGAGGAAGGAAUGCUCAAAGAACGAGCACUACAGCUGCUAUACCUCCAUAGUACAGGGUUCUGGCACGGGGAAAACACGCGGGGUGAUGCAGAUGUCGCGCCUGGGAGUGUAUAUUUGCUAUUGCAGCACGGCGGCAGCAAACAGUACCGCCUGUCCUCCUCGAACUGGGGAGCUUGCCAACCAGCUCAGCCGAACGAACAGCGAGUUGGAGAUGGCGCUAUACUUCAAAGCGUGGCUUUUUGUCCUCCAUGAGAUGGCGAAGGGUGCGAAGAUGAGCUCAGUGCAGUGGAUGGAUUCACAGAUGGAUUCGUCCAGGAUUGCGAAGGCCGUGCACAAGAAAUGGCUUGAAUUGAUCAACAGCACAGCUGUAGAGAAAAUUAGUGAGUCACCGGAUGACAGGAACGAGAAACUACUCCAACAAGAGUUUGACAACUUGAAGGAUGUACUGCCGGAAGAGGGGGAGGUGCAGGUGCUUUUUGUUUUUGAUGAAGGUCGCGGUCUCUUACCGAAUGGGGAAAGCACCUUCGGUAUGGCACAAUCGCCGUUUUACCAGAUGAGGCGAGUGGCGAGAGCUUUCUUCACACACAAGAAAUACUUUGCAGUUGUCAUGGAUACGAUGUGGAGUAUCAGUAAUCUGCAGCCUCGACGGCACGAGGACCAGUCGAGGAAAGCUAAUAUCCUGGGUUUGCGGCUUUUAAGGCCUAUUUAUCAGGUGGUGAAUAUGGACCUUGUUCCUCGGACUACGGAUUUGUCUCCAGCGCAGUUGUUGAGGUAUGGAAGGCCCCUAUGGAGUAGCCGCCUUGACAGCAAUCCAAACGUGUGGAGCCUCCUCGAUCUUGCGGAAGCCAAGCUGGUUGGGGUGCUGGACGGGGAAUUUCAGGGGCAAGCUGUGGACGUUUGUGGUUCUACCGGAAAGGUACAGAUGGCUGAGAGCCAGGCGUUGGCCUUGCUUUCAGCAUCAGCAGGCCUGGAGAUAUGCCCGCGGAGUGCCCAAAGCCAGCUUCUUGUCGCUUCUCACAUGAGUAUCCUUACGUUCAUCUCCCUCGAUCGUACGAGAGUGCAUAUCAGUCAGCCCGUGGAGCCCGUUGUGAGUGAAGCGGCCGCUAGGAUUCUCAACCGCAAGAGUGGGGAGCCUCUAGAAGUUGCUCUAGGGCUGUUCCUGAACGGCUGCUACAAUGGCUAUGUGGAUGCUGGACCUCGGGGGGAAUUCAUAGUGAAGCUCAUCUUGCUGCAAGCUUGUUGGAGCUUGUACAAGGGUGACUACUACCUACGCCGCAUUCCUCUCCGGGAUUAUAUCGGACGAUUGCUGGGCUGGGAGGAGGCACAGGUUGACGAGGCAUGCAGCGGCCUGGAUGAAUCCGCUGCCGUCUUUUUUAACAGUUUUAUGCUGGUUAAGCAGGGGCAGUUGACACCCGAGAUCCUGGCAGCUGCGUUCAUGAGAGGCUGUGCAAUCAUGUACAAAGCCAACAAUAAAGUCCGAGGUUAUGACAUUGUUAUUCCGGUCUGGACUUCCUUGGGGAUGACUGCGCUGCUCGUUUCGGUUGAGAACAGUAGAAAGUGUGGGUGGCUCAACAAAGCUUCUACGACUGUGUUGAGGCCGAGGCUCAUGCAAGUCUCAGGAAUCGAAAUCAAAGUGGUGACGGUCCUCAUCAAUGUCCAAGAACCAAACCUUAAAGAGCCAGUGCCACCAAAGUUAUGGAAGAAGGAUGAGAUGCAUAAGUCUUACUUGCAGCGUGACGAAGCUUAUGGCAAGAAAACGGAGCCUGUUGCGCACAUAACAGUUUAUGGUCUCGAACGCAACUUUCGUUUCCUUGGUGCUGAGACGAAGAGACUUCUAGCUGAACUUUCAAUUGCGGUGCCGGAUACGGAGGUGGAGGCUGGAAAGCAAUCAGAGGAAGCGAAAUCAUGGCUCCAUCUGCUGCUUCCUGACACGUAUAAGCUUCCAAUUCCAAACGUCUCUGACAUUAAGGAGCUUGGUGAUCCGCGACAGAAGCGCCCAAUAGAUGCCACAGAGAAGUUUGCGGACGAUUUGCAACAGAAACGCCCAAAAGUUGCCUGAGAAAAGCAAGAUCGUGGCCAGGUCGUUUAGAAUACUAAGCAUGUAGUAGUCCUAUGAUUCGGGUUAUGUUGCAAUGGUUUUGCAUAGAUAUAGGAUUAUUAAAAACUUUUAUUUUAUUUUAGAAAAUCAAUUUAGCUUUUGGCUAUGCAAAUCACAUGAGAAACAACACUCAACCAUGAAGCUCUCCUUCUCACCAA